CUAACCACACCACUUAUAUAUGAUCAUCAAGACAAGAGAACCAAUCAAAAGAGAAAAAAAUGUCUGAUGUUUUUCUAAGUUUCAGAGACGUCGACACUCGUCGCAACUUCAUCAGUUUUCUCUACACAGAACUUAUACAAAACAAGCUUCGAAUUCCAUCUUUCAAAUAUGAUCUGCAGAUAUCUCCGGAGGUCGAAAGAAUAUCUCCGGAGCUCGAACGGGCCAUCGAGGGGUCGAGAUUCGCAGUUGUUGUCGUCUCUGAGAAUUACUCUGCUUCCCCUUGGUGUCUGGCAGAGCUUGUGAAGGUUAUGGAUUUCGUAAGAAACGAUUCCAUAACCGUGAUUCCCGUCUUCUACGACGUUGAACCCUGCCAUGUGAGGAGGCAGAUCGGUAAAGUCGCUGAACACUUUAAGAUGCAUGAGGCUAGAGAAGACCAUGAGAAAGUGCUUUUAUGGAGGCGAGCGUUGACCGAUUUGGGGAAUUACUCCGGCAUUUGUGCAUCGAAAUGUGAAGAUGACUCGAAGAUAGUAGACAAAAUUACUGAGCUAAUAUCAAAAAAUCUGAUGAAUGAUACAACAAGAAGCAAUGGGAGUGAUCUUGAGGGGACUGGUGAACACAUGAAAGCUUUUAAGCGAUUAUUGAAUUUGAGCUCUAAGAAAGGUGUGAGACUGAUUGGGAUUUCGGAAAGAGGAAGCAACGGUAGAUCGGCUAUAGCUAAAGUAGUUUAUGAGAGCAUUUCUCAACAUUUCGAAAGCCAUUUUUUCAUGGAAAGUGAGAAAAUGAUUUACAAAGAUCUUCACAUGUCACAUCUCUUUGAAGAGUGGAUGAUUCAAAUAAGGCUCGAGAACAAAAAGGUUUUACUUGUGGUUGACGAUAUCAAAAAGCUUGAACAGUUCGAUGUUCUUGCAGAUGAUAUUAACAGUUUUGGUCCGGGGAGUGUAGUUAUCAUCACUACACAAGACAAGAAGCUGCUUUCCUCUUCUGGCAUAAAACUUGUUUAUGAAGUAGAGUGUCAGAGAUUCGAGGAUUUUCAUGGACACUUGAGAGAAUUAGCCUUCAAAGAGAAAGACAUUUCUGCUGCGUUGGAUUUGUUUUUGUAUAGGGCAACAAAUCUUGCAAUGGAUGUAUGUGGUAGAUCAUUUGAUCUGGUUAGGGGAAAGUUGAGAAUGAGUAACCUUAAUAUGAUGUGAUUGUGGUUUAAAAGCAGUAAUGUUUUUCUAUUUUUGGAGUAGGUUAUUAUGGUGUGUAGACGAAUAUUAUUAUUUGAUUGAACUUAAUGAUA